CUUUGGAAGCGAGUGGAGGAUGUGGGAAUGACGAGCUGUCACGCAAGUCUGUUAAAUGGGAAUUCAGUCCGUCAUGUGUAUGGCCAGCCUAUGGCGAGUUUAAGGUUCUCUUUAGGACACGUUGCCUUUUGCAAGCAAGAGACAGCAAGUGGACUGUGGUGGGCUGGUGGUCCAUCAUUAUGGCUGUAAACAUGGCUUAAGAGCAAAACAAUUCAGCUCUGUGUGAUUCCAAGCUCUCUCUCCAUGCUGGCGUCUAAUGGAAGAAAAGGCACCCAUCAGGUCUGCCAUGGUGUCCAGACUGCCUAAAUUCGGUGGCCGCUCUUCAACUGGUGGCUCUAGCCCCUUGCCCAAUGGUGCCUCUCAGGCCUCUACCCCUACCCAGGAGUGCAAGACCACCCCAGCAGGAACAUGCCCAAAUGGGAUGGUUCACACCUCUCCUUUCUCCUUGAAAUGGAAAAGAGAUGGUGGGAACACACCUACCACACCAGUCAGCCCUGACGAUGGAGAUUGCAAAGACAAGGCUCAGGCCUCACCCCCCUCAUAUGGGAAGGAGGUGAAGAAUGCCUCCCCAGGGACUCCCAGGAUGCGGAGAUCAGGUUCUUCAAUGGUGUCCAUCUCCAGCCCCAAGGCUAUCCCCAAGCAGGCUGCUAAGACUAGUCCCAAAGCAGGUACCAAGCUGGCCCAGAGCCCAAUGAAUGGAGGUCCUAAAUUGGGCAAAAAUGGCUUUAGUUUUCCUGCUCAGCCAGGAUCACUAUCUAGUUCAGAGUCACGGCUCAUGCACCCAAGGGCCAGCUCCGGCUCACCCCGUAGCAGCUCUCAAGACAGCCUUUCCCAGUCCAGCGACAGCCUGAAGACCCUGGCAGUCGACAACAUGGUGCGUUCAAACAGCUUCACCCACUUCAAACAGAUUCCUUCACCAACCAACCAGCCUAUGAUCCGGUCUUUCUCCUUCAACCGGGCUGUGGAACUGGCCAAGCCCUUGGCCAACACUCAGCUUCGGCCGCCUCGGAGCAGCUUCCUCAAACCCCCUCAGCUGAGCAAUGGGAGAGUAGGCUUAGGCCUAGGAGGCUUGGGUGGGAGCCCUGGAGGUCUAGGAGGUCUAGGUGGGCUUCAGUACAGUAGAACAUCCCUAGCUGCCACCUCCCUGUCCUCCGCCUCCACUACACCGACACCAUCCACCCCAAGUGCUCUGAGGAAGCCCCUGCUCCCCAGCUGUGUGCUGGGCAAACCAUCGGGCAGCAAUGGUGGGUCUCUCGGUUACAGGCUAGCCCGAUCUGGGCAGGCCAAGCAGCAGAAGCCCCUUUUCACAGGUCGAGUGAAGGGAGAUGUCAGACCCUCAACUGCACCUGAAUGUAGAGGGAUACGAGGGUUAACAGUAGACAUGGAGCCUACAGGAGAGACUGAGAAAACAGAUUCCCGCAGUGACAGUGACGGAAGCUCUGGGGGAGGAGGAGAAGGAGGUGGGGGCCUGCUUCGGGAGAGCUCCGGUCAGGUAGUGGGGGAGGCCCUGGAGGACAUGUCCUUGUCCUCUGCCUCCUCUCUGGACAGGGGGGACACCAGUGAGGAUUGUCUUGAUGAAUUUGACAACUUGGGAGAUGCACUUAGCGAUGGGGACUUGACUGACAACAUGAAGAGUGGCAGUGACACCCAGAACCGCCUACGCAGCUUUCUUAGUGAAACUAUGGACUGGGCCAGCAUGGGCCUGCCAGGUUGUAAAGAGCCGAUACCUGUGCAGGAGUCUCUGGAGCCUCAGGUGUUGUCCUCAGAAGGAGGUGACCUCCUUCAGGGUUCAUCUCUUGAGAUGUCCCCCUCCAACAGCUCUGGUGGAACCUACAUGUGGGAUGAGGAGGGGCUGGAGCCCCUGGGGGGGCCUGGGACGCAUCCCUGUGACAGCUAUGAUGACUCAGAGCUCAACAGCAUGGACAUCCUGAAUAACCUGGACCCUCUGGGGACAGGGGAGCUGGACGAUGAUGACCUCAUGCUGGAUGUGGACCUACCAGAAGAUGGCUUGCUUGACGCUGACAGGAUGGCCCACAUUGAGCGCUCAGAGAGGGCUGGUCGGCAAGGCCACUGGCGGCGAAAGCAGCACCGCUGGAAUGGACCAGACCACCUCCACAAUGACAGCAGGGCUCCUGUCUUCCAGCACUACGAUGGUUUUGGCGCUCCUGGGUCCUUUAGGAUCUCCUCUCGGCCUGUCCCCUCUGCAGGGAGGCAGGAUGGCCACAUGCUGGAUGACCUCACCCUCAAACACAUGGCCCAGGACUGCAGCUCCCUCAAGAACCAGCUGCUCAGGCUCAGAACUUUACUACAGCUUGAGGAUCCAGGCUCUCCGGCAGAUGUUGUAGAGGAAAGUGAAGACAGCACCACUGCAUUACAGUUGGAGGAGUUAAUGAAGGAGGUGCGAGUGCUCAGAGAGGAGCUGAGCAGUCGAGACAAGACCAUUGCUCAGCUCACGUUGCAGUGUCAACAGCUACAACAACAGCAGCGGGAACAAACGCCCACCCCAGGGCGACAGGGCAGAUGUCACUGCAACCACCAGAGGGCUUCCUCUUCACUACGACAGAGCGACAGACGGACUCACCAAUAUGACAAGGCCACCCAGACACACUGGCGAACACCCAACUAUGCCCCUCAAAUACUACAGCCUUUCAACCACUGCCUCAACGAGCACCUCCGGCAGGAAAGACUAGUAAAAACUCCCCCCACAGAGGGCCGCAAUGAGCCCACAAGGAGGAGCAACAGAGAGGGAAGAGCCCAUAAAUAUGCUGACCCCCCUCCGGAAGACCUAACGGCAGAUGGGACUGGCCCAGCAGGCCCCCUGGCUCCAGACCCAGAUGAGCUGAAUUGUGUGCUCAGCACACACCUCCAUCGGCUGGGGUCUGGAGCUCCACAGGGGGGCACUGCCAGGGAUCGCCCAGCUUCAGCAGCUCAGUCUGUGGCAGAGCUGGAGUCGAGAGCCCCCACUGUGAUGCUGCAGGACUGUGGUGCUCCGGCACCUGCUGGAUCUACAUGCCCUCGCAUGCUGCAGCCUCCCCGCUUACACAAGCGCAUGUCUGUCCCAGCACUUAAACCAGGCGGCACCAGUAGCUCUGCCCCUCUCAAGUCGGGGGGUUCCUUAGGGCUUCUGGCAAACCUCCGGACUAAGCAGCUGCCCCCUCCAACCAGAGGCCUUCCCUGCUUUAACGUUGGACCUCAGGCUCAGGUUCCAAGUUCAGGCCACACUUCACUGCUUCAGCCCCGCACGCUGUCGGGGCCUCGGAGGGACCCACAGCGCAGCAAAACCACAACCACCAACCCCAGCCCAGAGGAGCUUAGAGACCCUGGGGCAGCCAGGACUCUGAUGCCUUCAAUCCGCUCAUGCCUCCCCAAGCCAAAGAACCCCUGAGGAGCUGAAUCUCAUCAAAACCUGAGACUGGAAUCUCUGUGACAUUUUGAUAUCUAUCCUGUUGUAGCCCUAGCCAUAAUAUGUGUGUGUUCAUACUCAUUGUGUGUGCACAGGAACAUACUCUGAAAUCAGGAUCCCGCUUGUUGACAUUUCAGGGACUGCCUGUGUCAAUGACAUUGGUGGUAUGACUGCUAUAUUCCUUCUAAAGUAGAGUCUCACCUCCAGCCUAACUACUCAUAAUACAGUAUAUAGCAUGACAUUGUCUUAAAAUCAGUCCUCAGUGGUAUAUUACUCUACACUAUCUAAAAAAUGGCUUUUACAGAUUAUACUCAAUAUGUACAUCCUACCAACUGAGGGAGGAUUUCUGAUGGAGAAGUACAGUUGAUAAAUGUUCACUUCACUUGCUUUGCACAUUAUCGUUGCUGACACAACACAUAGGGCAUUUUUUGUUUGUUGUUUUAUUUAUUUAUUUUUUUUUUGAGUUCCCAGAGGGUACUACCACAUUUUUAAAUUGUAGAGGUCAGGUUCACGUGUCCUCAAGUGGCUGUGCCCUCUGACACACAGCUGCAUAUGCUUUUAAACACAAAGGUGACAUGGACGAGACCUUUGCUGUGUAAUAGAAUGCCCAAGGGAUGAUGGAAACAGAAAAGAAAAAGCAGUGGAAAAAAGAAUGAAAAUAACAGUAGAGGUGGAAUGGGAACUAGCCACUGAAAAGCAAAGAUUGUGAAAGAUUUCUAGAGUUAUCCCUUUCAGAGAGAAAAUGUUUUUCUUAAAAUGUGUGUGUGUGUGUGCACACACGCAUCUGUGUGUAUGUGCAUGAAGGAGAUGAAGAGAGAGAUGAGAGAGACAUUGAGGUGAGGAGAAAAGAGAAAAGCUGCCUUUCAACUGUUCCCUCUUGUGUGGGUUAUUUUACCCCAACUCCCCCAUGCAAGCAGCUACCUGUUUCAGGUUCAGUGCAACCCGAGUAAACCUCUGAACCCAGCAUAUAUAUUAGCAGAGGAGACCACAGGCCCUCUGUGUACACUCAACAGGCUUGCCUCAGUGGAAGAUGUAAAGAUUACUGAAUUGGAAUGAAGUGAAGUUUAGUGGGUACCAUGCUGGCGGUGGAGAUACAGGUAGAAAAUAUGGUGGAUCAGCAAGGAAUUACAUUUUAUGACAUCGAGAAAGAGCAGCAUGGAAAAAGCAACCAUGAACUCAGGUGUGCUCAGGUACAUGUAGGCUAGGUGCAUGCUCAAAUCCACAGAAAGAAACGCCAAAGUGCAAAGUGUCCAUCUUGUAAGCCAUUUAAUGCUUUGCUGAGUCUUCAAAUCAUGCUCUUCUUAACUUGUGAAAAAAAAAAUCUGCCAGUGGUGUGAGUAAAAUGUCGUUCUUGAAACAAGCCAAAAUGAAGUGGAAACAUGAACUUCAUUCCACUGAAAGAUUUUUUUGAACAUGUUUUAAGAAAAUUGAAACCCUUAGGACUCCAGGGUAAGACUUGUUAAAAUGGACAAUUUAUGCCGUGUACACACAAAGUUUCUUGAAACCGUUCGCUCUGUGACACCAACCUCAGCUUGCAGGGCUUCAUUAGAGGUGUUGAAGCUGGAACUGGCUGCAUAUGUGUGUGUGCGCGUGCAUGUGCGUUUCGAGUUUCAGUGUGUUAUGUCUGCAAGUUGCUCUCUUUUCCUCUCCUCCUCUCUCUCUUUUAGCACAUCUCUCCGGGGACAUCAAAGGCAUUAGUAAGAUAUGUUCAGGUAGGAAGCCUUUAGGGCUUUGGCAGUAUUUCUGUGGGAUUUUUUAUUUUUUUAUUUUUUUAUUUUUUUUGGAGGAUUGUGUUUAUCUAUCCUUUGCGGAGUACUUUUGCAGUCCAACGUUGCCCAGAAUGUCCCCACACAGGGAGCAGUAGCGUGUUAAAAAGGCCUUCUGACAGCAACUCUGCUCUCUUCUCCGUCAUGCCGCAUGACCGUUUGGUGUACGCCUCUGGCACUGUCCGGUCUACUGCCUCCAAUAAUGCACCGUACAUGGACAGACAGCGAGAGAGACCGAGAGAGACACACACACAGACACACACAGAGUUGUGAACAAACUACCACGACACACAUAACUCGCAGAGACAUACAUAACUCGCAGGGAACGCAUGCACACAGAAACACUCAAACACUCUCACAUAUGGACACUUGCACACAAACAGUUCAGAAGUUUGCACUGAAGUGUAUGUGCAUGUGUGUGUGUGUGUGUGUGUGUUUGUGCUGCAUUAUGUUGUGAGUUUGCCAUAGCUAUCACAAAAUAUGGCAGAGCUGGCUACCACAGUGUAACACUGAGCUGUCUGUCCUCCUGUAGCCAAGCAAGAUGGCCGCUUCUAGAUUACCCUGGAAGGGCAUGGACACUGUGUGAAUGUGUGUGUUUGAGUGUGUGUGAGUGUUUGGAUGUGGAUGUAUGCGGCUGAUACAACAUGUUUACCUGUUCCAUGGGUAGACGUGCCAAGCCAACCAAGCAGGCAUCACCGCUUUGUGUAGCCAAGGAAAACCAUUUUUUCUAAUGAGAGGGGAAAGGGGGACAGAAAGAUCUAUGGAGUGAAUGGGAAGAGGAGAAAGAUGCACAGUGAGAGAUAAUGGGAAGGGGCAGGAAGAGGGAGCAGAAAGGAGAGAUGUAGUGAUGAAAAGGUCCAGACACCAAGGUAAUUGAGAUAGGCCGUGUUCUGUUGUGCUGCGUCUGAAUGUUUGUGUAUUAAAUAUUGUUAAAGUGUGUGUGUGUGUGUGUGUGUGUGUGUGUGUGUGUGUGUGUGUGUGUGUGUGUAAAAGACAGGAGAGGGUGGCAGAAGACAGAAUACACAGCAUGUUUGUUUGUGUGCGCUGUGGUCCAGAGAAUAGCCCAAUCCCCUCAGCUGUGUCACUCACUGCUUAGUAAUGCCAAACAGGAAAUCAAUGUAGCCUGCUGCGUGUUUGACUGUGUGUGUGUGUGUGUGUGUGUGUGUGUGUGUGUGUGUGUGUGUGUGUUUCUCCAGACACCUCUGGCUGCCAGCGUUUCUUGGAGGUGUGUGUGUGUGCAUGUGUGUGUGUGAGACAGAGAGAGAGAGAGAGAGAGAGAGAGAGAGAGAGAGAGAGAGAGAGAGAGAGAGAGAGGUGCCUACCCACAGGCCAAAGGCAAAUUCAUGCCAGGGAGAGCGGGGCAAUGCCAUCCUCUUCCCCCUCUGCUGUAUUCUCUAUCUCCAAAUCAAUGCCUGCGCUCAGUUUAGCAGUGAGGCCAAUCAGUAUUGCUACCUAUAACAAAAACGACAACUCGGCUGAAAAGUUCACCGCGGCAACUUGGAUCAAUUGUAAUGCAGAAAUUUGACUCAAUUUAUUUAGUAAUGAGGCUAAGAACACCGCUGCGUUUCACUGCACAACCAGGAAAAAGUUGCUACAGGGGUUUAGUUUUUCUACAUCCUUAACAUGAAUGGCACAGAACCGCACUGCGGUGCCCAGUCCACAUUAUCUAAAAAUGAAAAUGGGUUUGUUGCAGAAUCAUUUUACUGCAAAAGAAAUGAAGAUGAGGAUGAACUGUGACAGGAUAUUCUGCCCCGUUUUGUUGUAUCUUUAUAUUUUAGAAUUUCUCUUCCACUUAAUAGAAUAAUCGCCCAUGUUAGCAACAAAGAUGGUACAGUCUGUUGGUGUGUUUUUACCACUCAGAAAUUACCACUAAUGUCAAAUCCACUGUAAAUCAGUCUCAUAAUUCUUUUCAGUUCUGUCUUAGCUGAAUUUCCGCCUUUCUGAAUGGUAUUGCAGUGUUUAAGAUACUAGCUGAGGAAACACAUAGUGUAGCUGUCUGUAUUGUCUUCCCAUAACAUGUAAGGUUAUUGUAUUUAUCACUCCAUCAUUUACAAUGCCAACUGUUUUCAGGUGUUAUGAACUGUCUCAGUCUACUGUGCAAUAUUAUUUGAAGCAAAAAGGAUGAAGGAAGGCUGAAGGCUACACUGUAUUUUUAGUGUCUAUUAUGCAAAUAAAAGAAAGCAAAUGCUUUGUAAAUUCUAAUCUAUUGGUGAUGCACUUUAAACAACAAUAGCUGUUGAUGCUGAAUGAACACUAAACUGGAUCUAGAGGCUAGUAAGGGGUUGUUUGAUUUGAUAAGAUUUUUUCCUCCCUGUGUUUCCCUUUGUUUGCAGUGUGCAUCGUAUUUUUUCCAGAGGCCAUGUGAGACAGCAGUGAAGGCUGCACCAAAAUCUGACAAGUUUGUUUUGGCUCAUCUACCUUUCAAACAGAGCAGUGUCAACUUGGUCAAAUGGUGAAAUCAAAUCUAGUCGGGAAUAGCAGCCAUAUUGUGUCAACAUGACUCCAUGUUGUUGCCUCCCUUCAUUUGUUAUAAUAAAACAGAGAUAGUGAUGGUCGGGCUGGGUUGGUGUAUGGUAAUGCCUCCAUUGGUCCAGACACAUCUAAAAUGUUUAACAUCAGGACAAUUUCAAUAUGUUAAACACUGAGGCAAGGCGCGAUGCUGUGGCCGUGGUUCAGUAAUGAGCCACAGAUGAAGGCUUGGCUCAGGCGGUGUGAGGAACUGCCUUGCCAGUCGAUGUUACCCAUUGAUCUGGAUUGUAGACACCCCAUCAACACUCAGACACACACAAAGCUGCUGAUCUCAGUUCACGAUACGAGGAAAAACAUGGGUUCAUUUUCCUUGUUGUCAAUGUCUGUUGGUUGUGUUUCUGUGCAAAUAAAACAUGGUUGUGAAAAAAA